CGCGUAGCGAAAUGAUCCCGAAAAUCAAAUAAAAACUAUGAUCUCAUAAUAUUCAAAUAAAUUCAAAUGUGGUUUCUACUCAUUCCGUGUUAUUUAAUUUAAUUUUAAUGUCACAUACUUAAAGUUUUUCUUGUGCAAAAUUGUAACAUCAAGGAAACAUGCAGCAGUCGCCUUUCGAAAAUAUAUUCAAUAUUAUAGGUGGGAUAACGGAAGGGAACGAGAAACCCAUGAAACAUGGCUUCUAUAACGCCUUUGCUCUGUUUAUAUUGGCAAUAUGUUGUGCCGCAAUGUAUGUUUUAUACCUCAUCUUGGAGCCUUUUUUCAAGCCUUUAUUUUGGGCUCUGUUAGUGGGCUCCUUACUCCACCCAUUCAAAUAUAAGCUGUCUAAGAAGCUGAAAUCAUGGUUCGAAGAUUUAGAGAAGACCAACACCUCUGUGGUAGUUGGUUUGAUGAUAAUACCAGUGAAUGUGGUCAACUAUGCUUCUGAUACUGUUGGACAGCAGUUCAUAGAUCAUUAUAAGACUGUAAUAGGACUGUUAUCUGCAAUAUUUGUGUUGCCAUGGCUGUACAACGCAGUGCCAAGAAGUCUGGUUUGCUUAUUCUGGCAAUUCAGCAGCUUCAUCAGCUUCUCCACUACCUUACUCAUCAGUGUCUGCAGCUCAUAUAUUACUUUAACAAUAUUCUUAGCUUACAUUAUAAGCGUGUACAUACUAUGGACACCGCAGAGAGCGUCUAUAUUUCGCAUGACGUCACAACUCUUAUGGCUAGUCAUUUCAAGUUUUAUCGCGAGCCUCACUGGACCCCUGCAAGUUUACACCUUUGUCUUCCUACAAGCAAUCUGCAUCACAGGCUUUGCUUUAGAAGUGAUAGAUAUACAUAAGAAGAUGUUGGAAAAAGAUCCAGAAGCUUCCAUGAUAGUAGCGUUACACAAAGCCAUAACGUAUGAACAUGAAACGGAAAAAAAACCAGAGGAAAAUCCUGAAGAGGAUACUCACGUAGAAUCCAGUGAGCAAGAAGGUACUCCAGAAAAAGAUACUCCGUCCCCCGUUACGCCAGAAACAUCAGGUAAAAGGGGAAGCUGGGCACCUACUGACGCCACACAAACUUCCCCACGGCACGCUAAAAUGUUAUUCAAAACAAGAACACUGUCCGCAUUGCCUUUGUCGAACCCGAAAAUUAAAUACGAUACCCGAUUGUUGGCAGCCUUCAAACAAAGGUCGCUUGACGAGAAUUAUAUGAAAAAUAACUUCGAUAACGAUGAAGAAACAGCAAUAUACUUCAAGCUUCUAUUCUUUGGAUGCUUGUGUAUGCUGGUCUGGAAGCAUAUCUGGUUAUUACCAGUUACAUUGUUCUUUUUGGCCAUCCAUGUACUGAAAAGGUUGUUGGACUACUUUGGUGUGUGGCUGUUCUUUGAGAAUCAUUACAACAAUGUUAUGGGCAAAAUUAAGGCCUGGUGGAAAUUGAGGCAAUCAGCAUUACUCCCCGCCCACGUGCUCGGAUUGGGCAAGGUGGCCUCAGUAUGUAACGCAAGCUUCAGAAACAUGGCAUACAGCUCCGUAGACACGGUGUCAACGUGCAUCGUCAUUGUCGGACUAAUCCUCUUCCUUACCUUCGCUAUUAUCUUCAUAUUUAUUCAGAUAUACUCGGAAGCGAUAGUGGUGGUCCAACUAAGUGGUAGUCUGUUGAACAGUACUUAUGUUCAGAACAGUGAAUUGCAUGCGUAUCUGCCUGAAGGUUGGGAGGAGAAACUUGACUCACUCAUUGAUAACGCUUACACUUAUGGGAGGGAAGGAAUCUCAACUGCGGUAAAAAGUUUACUAAAAGAAGGCGACCCGGAGAAGAUACAACGGGUAGAACAUCAAAUACUGGAGCUUUGGGACCGAGUGUACCAGAGUUGGGUGUCGGGACACUUUGCGUCGGCCGGCGGGCCUCAGGUCGACGGCUCGGCCAUACAAGACUCCUGGGAUAGCUUUGUUAAUGACGUGUCUAAUACUCCCGCUAUGUUCGACUUCUCCGGCAUAGCGGCGUGGGUGCAAGCAAACGUUGGUACCUUAAGUGCCAUCGCGACCAGCAUCUGGGCUCCUCUAGCAAGUAACGUGUCCCUAUUGGCUGGGUCCCUAGGCGCCUUCACCUCGCUGUUACUGUGUGGCGGCAGUGCCCUCAUUAAUAUGUUUAUUAAUUUGGUGGUGUUCUUCACAACAUUAUUCUAUCUGCUGGCAUCAAGUAACGCGCUCUACAAACCAGUGGAAGCCAUCACUCAGAUGCAACCCAAUUUCGGACCGAGGCUUGGCAUAGCACUGUCUGUGGCUAUCAAUCAGGUGUUCAGGGCUUCCUUCAAGAUGGCGUUAUUCUACGGACUCUGGACGUGGCUGGUACAUAACCUGUUUGGCGCCAAAGUCGUCUAUCUACCGUCAGUGUUAGCGGCGGUGUUAGGGGCGGCCCCGUUCCUAGGUCCGUACUUGGCGGGAAUUCCGGCAGCAUUGGACGUUUGGUUGCAAGGCAGGCCGAUGGCUUCGUUGCUGUUGCUCAUUGCUCAGGCCGCGCCUAUCGCCUUCCUCGACGCCGCUGUCUAUGCUGAGAUUAAAGACGGAGGCCACCCUUACGUGACUGGUCUGGCUAUAGCCGGCGGUAUAUUCUACCUGGGUCCCGAGGGUGCGAUCCUGGGGCCGCUGCUACUCUGCUGCAUCAUGGUGGUGCUCAACUUGUCUUCCACAUUCCUGAGGGACACGCCCUCUGAGGAGAGGGCGGCCCUGCACUCGCGCGUCAGGUCGUUGUUGGGAUGUUUUUAAGAUAAGGUGUGUAUUCUAUCUGUAAAGUGGUUGCUUUAUAUAUUUGUUUUGUGCACCGUACUUUCUAUCUUUGAAGCACCAUUAGUUAAUUGAAAGUUUAAAAAAGAAAAUACAAAAAAUAUUUAAAAGUAUGCCAUGUUAAAAUGUAGUAAGAAUGCUUGCUUUUGUAUUAUCUGUGGUAAGUAUUCACUGGAUUAUGCACGUUAAAAUAGCUUUUGAUAUGCUUGUAGCAUGCACUGUAAAAUAGUAUGCAUCUUGAAAUAUAAACACUGAGGUACUUCAUCUAUUCAAGCAACCAAUCUCAUUUUCUAUUUGAUAAUUUUCGAUAUGGUCGAAGGAUGCCUUUAUCUAUAUAAAUUAUCUUCUCUAUACUGUUUGCUACUACCAAAUACUCUUCUAAUAGUUUAAGUAUCAAAUAUGUAUUUAUAUUUCGUAAUAAUAUAAACUCAUUUAAAUAACAAAGCUUUAUAUAAUUAAGUACAUAAAAUACUCUGUCUUCCAUUUUUACGGGUAACCCACCGACUCUAUAUAUUAAUUUCUAUACUCUUCCCCUAUUUUCUUCUAUUAUAUAACAAUAUAUAAUUAUAAUACCUGCUAUAAUAAAUGGACGUUUGUUUACAGAUACGGUGCUUAUCUCUGAUCGGCUUGCAUGGACCACUAACUUGUAACGAGGUCAUCCCAUUUGUCAAUUUGAUAUAAGCAAUAUAUGUAACAGAACACCAAAUGUCAAGAAUAACUUACAUCAUACAUUUACACUGCGGGACAAAUUAAUGGGACACUGAUAUACAUUUAAUUUAACAAACUAGUAGAAUAUACGUUGUUCUUUGAAGCUUGGCCUGAAAGCUUGCAGGAAAAUGAGUAUAACAUACAAAAAGCACUCCCUUGAAUUUGUUCCCACGUGUAUUUAUUUAUAUUAUAAUUAUAAUAUUUCAUAAAUUCGCGUCAAACAUCGCACGCAGUUAUUAUGUUUAAGCUAUUCACUGAAAAAUGUGUCUGUGUUCUACUAUGCCAAAGAGAAGCUAACGACCGAUCUCUUUAGGAACAAUUGCAUGUGCCGUUAAAUGUUGUAGACGUAUAUUCAAAUAUAUAUGUACUAGCUUCCGCCAGCGGCUUCGCCCGCGUGGUGUGUUGAUAAAAAGUAUCCUAUGUGUUAAUCCAGGGUAUCACCUAUCUACAUACCAAAUUUCAAUCAAAUCGGUCCAGCCGUUUUUGCGUGAUUGAAUAACAAACAUACAUACAUACAUUCUCACAAACUUUCACAUUUAUAAUAUAAGUAGGAUGUAUUUAAAUAUAAAGCAUAUACAGACACCUUAUGCUCGUUGAAUCAAAUGUAUUGUUGUGAUGUGUAGGCCAAAACUUGCAGCGAAUCACCAGUAGUCGUGAAUUCAAUAAUGGAAUCCAAAAAGCAUUGAAAAUGCGAUGGAUUCUAGAGUUGCAAUUGUACUGAACCCACUAUAACUCACUUAACACCGUUCACUGAAGUUUUGUAAAUGCGAGUAACAUUUUGUCGUUUAAAGUUGACAGAGACAGGAGAAUUUUCGUCCUUAAUGAAAAAUGGUGUAAGUGGGUCCCAAUGUACGCGACACUUAAUGCAAUGCUCAAUGUACUUGAUGUUAAACACAAGUUUCGUUUGUGCACUAAAAUAGUGACUUUAGCACUCAGUAUUACAAAUUAUUUGGAGAUUAAUAUUUUAUUUUAAUAUUUAUAACAGAAUAUUGUGUGUAUUUUUGUUGUUGUCUUUAGUCUCAAAUAUAUUAACUAUUAAUUUAUUAAGGGUUUAUGUUAUCAAAGUAUGUUUUGUUGAACGUUAACGUUUAUUGGGUUAAUAUAUCCUUAUUUUCUUCCGCAAUUUACAAUGCAAUGCAGUUCAAAUAGCAAUCGACAAUGACCAUGGAACUUUUAGUCAGUAGUUAUUUAUUCAGAGAUUUUUAAACAUAUUUAUCUAUUAUGUAUUUAUGUAUUUAUAUGGAGUUAUUUAUAGAUUUAGGAGUACCUAAGUAUUAACUUAAACAAAAGCAACGAUGAAAUAAUGAAUUAAAAAAAAACUAAAUCCGAUUUGAGUAGUUAGAAUGCUAAACUAUGAAUUUUAAUUCGUUCAGCCACGGUUAAGUUUGAAGCCAUAAUGAAAUUGAGAUAUAAUAAUUUUGAAUGUAUUAUUGAGAUUCUGUCAUACUUUCUUGUCUGUAAUAAUAUCUUAUUUUAUUCAAAAAUGACUGAAAUACAAUUCUCUUCCUAGUCUUUAUAUUUAUUGUAUCUGUAUAGUUUUUUUUAUUGGGUUACUGAAAUGACAGUGAAAAUGCUAUAGAAAAAAUAUUGUUGGUCAAUGUAGUGGCGCGAUAGUGUAAAAUCUGACUAAAUAAUUCUUUUUCUAUUAUUGCAAUAUUUCAAUGUAAUAGUGUAUGCUUUACAAGUGAGCGUGUUUCACCACUCUUUGAAUUGUCAUAUUAUCAUAUUUUUUAUUAAUAUUAGGAACGUCUAGGUCUAGGUCUUAUUUAUUUGAGUUUAUUUCGUGCUCUCUUUAUAUUAUGUACAUUAACAUGUUAAAAUAACUUAUAUAGAUUUACAAAAUCGACUUUUGAUAAUUUGGAUAGUGCCUGACACACGCAAGUCCACAUAAGCAUAUUUUACAAGGGUUGUUAUACAUUUUUUAAAGAAAGUUGUGAUAUGUGUGACAUACAAAAAGGUUGUAUUUGUUCCAAAAUAUAGUAUUGCACUGUGGUCGUACUAAAAAAUAUAAAGUGGUGAAACAAGGCCCAAACGUGAUGGUUGAUUUAAUGAAAAUGGUGCUUUUUGAUGAUAUUAGAUAUUAUCUCGAAUCGAGUCUCCGUUGCUAUAAAUUUUGUAAUGGCCUUUUAUAGGUAAGGGCCUUUAUUUUGUUAUAAAGCUAUAGCUGUUUGUAAAAUUGACGUUUUCUAUUAAUUAGGUCACAUUGUUUGUAUAUUUUGUAUUAUUUUAAUGUUUGCAAUCUUAUUGUUUGUUGUGAAGUACUUACUAAAGCUAUUAAUACGCCUGGACGGUUAGAUAACAUAAUUAUACCUAUUCAAUAUAAGGGUAGCUAUAUUUCUACCAUAUUCACCGUAAGACCUACUAAUAUAGAGUUCAUAAAACCCAGGUUCCUCCCGGGGUGUUCUUAAAUAUUUUUUAAAUGGCAAUGUAUCUCGAAUAAAAAUGUAUGACCAUUGUGUAAAAUAUUUCAAACUUAUUAUAAAAGAAAAAAUAGCUACCCAGUUCAACCUUAAAAAUAAAUCUAUAAGCUAUACUACCUACAGAUUAAAAUAUUACAAAAAAAAUAGUUGUAAAUGAAAGAAACAGCAAAGCCCUUACCAGUUCGUGAAGAAUCGUCCAAAGAUUAAUUUAGAUGCAUCUGUACUAUAUUGUAUUGCAGGUAUUUAUAAUUAGUUUGUAUCUACAGCACGCAUAUUCGCAUUGUUAACUAAAACUUAUAUACUGAAUAUAUUAUUUGCUUUUUUAA